CUCUAUGUUUUUCGUACAUAAUUUGGCAUUCUAGAACUUGUUCCGUCAUUUAUGUUUGUGCGGUUAUGGAGCAAAAAUAAUAUAAGGUAUACGUACAAAGUGUUAUAAAGUGGUAUAAGUGUUAAUAGUACUUAGAUUUAUAUUUCUCUUAUCACGCAAUGAAGUAUAAAUUGUUAAUUUUAAUAUGCGCCUUUGUGCUUUCGGCCGGCUUUGUAAAAGCCGAAGACGAAAUUGUAAAAGAAUCCCUGGAUAAAGUUGAUUUGGAUAUGGGGGCGUUUGCUGAAGGUUCCAGGACUGAUUCGGAGGCUAUAAAACGCGAAGAAGAGGCUAUUAAAUUAGAUGGUUUAAACGUUGCGCAAAUGAAGGAACUUCGUGAAAAAUCCGAGAAAUUCCAAUUCCAAGCCGAGGUAAAUCGUAUGAUGAAACUUAUCAUUAACUCUUUGUACCGUAAUAAAGAAAUUUUCCUGCGUGAGUUGAUCUCAAACGCCUCAGACGCCCUAGACAAAAUCCGUCUACUAUCGUUGACCGAUAAGUCAGUUCUGGAUUCAACCUCAGACUUAGUAAUAAAGAUCAAAGCCGACAAAGAGAACAAGGUGCUCCAUAUAAUAGACACAGGUAUAGGUAUGACCAAGAACGAUUUGGUAAACAACUUGGGUACGAUAGCCAAAUCCGGCACUGCAGACUUUUUAUCAAAGAUGCAAGAAGGUGCAGCCGAAGGCCAGGAUAUGAACGACAUGAUAGGACAGUUUGGUGUAGGUUUUUACUCAGCUUUCUUAGUCGCUGAUAAAGUGGUUGUCACCACCAAGCAUAAUGAUGACAAGCAAUAUGUAUGGGAGAGUGACGCUUCCAGUUUCAGCAUCGCUGAAGACCCACGGGGCAACACUUUGCAACGAGGCUCCCAAAUAAGUCUGUACUUGAAAGAAGAGGCUCAAGACUUCCUGGAACAAGACACUGUUAAGACACUUAUCAAAAAAUACUCGCAAUUUAUAAACUUUCCUAUUUAUUUGUGGAACAGCAAGACUGUGGAAGUAGAAGAGCCUGUUGAGGAGCAAGAGGAAGUCACUGAGAAACCUGAGACUGAGGAUGAAGAUGCUAAAGUUGAAGAGGAUGCUGAGGAUAAACCUAAGACGAAAAAGGUGGAGAAGGUUAUUUGGGACUGGGAGGUUAUGAAUGAGAGCAAACCUAUUUGGACUAGAAAACCUAAUGAAGUUACUGAGGAAGAGUAUAAUGAGUUCUACAAAAGUCUUACAAAAGAUAAUACGGAACCUUUAGCAAGCAUACAUUUUGUCGCCGAAGGCGAGGUUACCUUUAAAUCUGUUAUCUACAUACCAAAAGUACUACCUUCAGAAAGUUUUAGCAGAUACGGCACAAAAGCUGAUAACAUCAAACUUUAUGUACGCAGAGUGUUUAUUACUGAUGAAUUCAACGACAUGAUGCCUAAUUAUUUGAACUUCAUCCGUGGUGUUGUAGAUUCUGAUGAUUUGCCCCUCAAUGUAUCACGUGAAACUUUGCAACAGCACAAAUUGAUCAAAGUUAUUAAGAAGAAGUUGGUACGCAAAGCUUUGGACAUGAUUAAAAAGAUUGAUGAGAAGGAUUAUGAGAAGUUCUGGAAAGAGUACUCAACGAAUAUCAAAUUAGGGAUUACUGAAGAUGCUAGCAAUCGUUCCCGUAUGGCUAAGUUGUUGCGUUUCCACAGUUCCAAUGAUAAAAAGAAAAUCACGUCUUUGGAGGAGUAUGUUAAACGUAUGAAGCCUAAACAGGAUCAAAUUUACUACAUCGCUGGUGCCAACCGUGAUGAAGUAGAAAAAUCACCGUUUGUGGAACGUUUACUUGCCAGAGGCUACGAGGUUUUGUAUUUAAUUGAAGCCGUGGACGAGUACGCUAUUUCAGCGUUACCCGAAUUUGAUGGCAAGAAGUUCCAAAAUGUCGCCAAGGAAGGUUUUUCACUCUCCGAAUCCGAAGGCCAAAAAGCCAACUUUGAAAAACUUAAAGAAGACUUCGAGCCUUUGACCAAAUGGUUCAACGACGUAGCCCUAAAAGACAAAAUCUCCAAAGCCUUAUUAUCUGAAAGACUCAGCCAAUCCCCCUGUGCACUCGUAGCCAGUAUGUUUGGUUGGACCGGCAACAUGGAACGUCUUGCAGUCUCAAACGCACACCAAAAAUCCGAUGACCCACAACGCUCCUACUACCUAAACCAAAAGAAAGCCCUGGAAAUCAACCCCAGACAUCCCUUAAUCAAAGAACUACUCAAACGUGUCAGUGAAGACCCCGAAGACCCCACAGCCAAAGACAUGGCUCUGAUGAUGUUCCGUACAGCAACUUUGAGGUCCGGUUUCAUGUUACAAGAAACCUCAGAUUUUGCAGAUAGCAUUGAACAAAUGAUGAGGAAAACUUUGGGUGUUCCUUUGGACGAAAAACCGGAUGAAGAGGAGUUUGUGGAGCCUGUUGAUGAUGGGAACGAUGAACAAGAAGCCGAUGAUGAUGAACAAGAGACAGAGCAUGAUGAAUUGUAAUAGGUAUAAUUGAGACUUUAAAAUAGUGUUA